AUGAAGGCCAUCCUGCUAAGUUUUCUUCUAGGAUUGAUUUGUGUGUCUUUGGUACAGACAGAUGUCCUAGUACAGCCAGACUUUGAUGCCAAACAGAAUGAACAAGCAGAAUGUCUUGUGAUUGUUUUGCCCACAAACUGUUCUCCCCAGUUUUCAGGCUUGUGGUAUGUCGUUUCCAUGGUGUCAGAUUGCAAGGUCUUCCUCGGCAAGAAGGAAAGUAUAUUAAUGUCAACAAGAUUAAUAAAUGCCACGGAGGGAGGCAACCUCACCGUUCAUAUGGCUUUCCCUGGGGCUGAUGGCUGUAAGACAAUGGAUGCUGACUAUAUAAAGAUAGGCUCUGAAGGUCACUUCAAAGUGCCUGCUAAUGGCUUCCUGGAUGUGCGUGUGGCUGAGACUGAUUACAAUUCCUACUGCAUUCUGUACAUCUACAAGGAGCUGGAUGGGGUAUUCAGCACCAUGGUUCAGCUAUUCAGUAGGACCCAGAGUGUGAGUGGCAAGGCUCUGAGAGCAUUUCAGGAUUUCUAUCCUAUUGUGGGACUUGAAGAUGACAUGAUGUCUCUGCUCUCUAAGUCAGAUGCUUGUUCCCAGGAAAACAUUGAGGGAAAAGCCUAGAGAAGACUUCUUCGGUCACCAACAGAGAAAAUGGAAUCAGUAAGGAAUCAGAGAUAUUUGAGCAUUCCCGGGAGACUCCAUCAGGAGAGUCCUUCUUGUUCCUCCUCUAUGACCCUGCUUUGGGACUUUUCCUGGAAUUUUUUCUUCUGUAUUGAAUAAAUAGACUUUUAAAGAUUUCCAA